UUUGCAACUCGCAUGUUACCGACAGCCGAUGGAGCACCAAUAUGUGAAAUUUGAAAUUGUGACAUUUCUUAAGCAUAGUGGACAAAGGCUAUAAGGCUAUUAAAAUUUUUGCCAUGCCAGCAUCUUCCCAUUAAUUUCAACAUAUCUGAGAGAUGCUCCUAUCCUACACUGUUCCAUACAAUAUUUAGCCGAUUAUGUUUUGUAUAUCCGUAAACAAUCGUCAAGCCAUUUUAAAAGUUUAUUUAAAAUGUCUGACGAGCGUGCAAAUGUCAGAGCAGAUUAAGCAAUCCGGGUGCACUGGGGGAUGGACUCACAUCCAAUCUAAAUUGAAUAACCUCACCCGGAAAUUUGAAAAAACAAUACAAUUGGACCGAGUAGAGGAGCUCCAUAUACAUGGGUCCAUAAUAAAUUGACCAAAUAUUAGGCUCGUUUAAGAGCUAUGCUGCUGUCACGGUGGAUAACCAUGUUCUGAAUAUUUAAAAUUGGCCAUAUCCCGAAAAGAGUCCAUUAAAUGAAGCCCCUACUUCGGGGCCGUAUUACUUGACUUGGAAGGAAAUCUUUGCGGCGCAUAUGUAAAUUAAAGCAAGUCGAUCAGCUGCUUAUGUAAAGAAGCGGCACUUUUGCAACUCGCAUGUUACCGACAGCCGAUGGAGCACCAAUAUGUGAAAUUUGAAAAUGUGACAUUUCUUAAGCAUAGUGGACAAAGGCUAUAAGGCUAUUAAAAUUUUUGCCAUGCCAGCAUCUUCCCAUUAAUUUCAACAUAUCUGAGAGAUGCUCCUAUCCUACACUGUUCCAUACAAUAUUUAGCCGAUUAUGUUUUGUAUAUCCGUAAACAAUCGUCAAGCCAUUUUAAAAGUUUAUUUAAAAUGUCUGACGAGCGUGCAAAUGUCAGAGCAGAUUAAGCAAUCCGGGUGCACUGGGGGAUGGACUCACAUCCAAUCUAAAUUGAAUAACCUCACCCGGAAAUUUGAAAAAACAAUACAAUUGGACCGAGUAGAGGAGCUCCAUAUACAUGGGUCCAUAAUAAAUUGACCAAAUAUUAGGCUCGUUUAAGAGCUAUGCUGCUGUCACGGUGGAUAACCAUGUUCUGAAUAUUUAAAAUUGGCCAUAUCCCGAAAAGAGUCCAUUAAAUGAAGCCCCUACUUCGGGGCCGUAUUACUUGACUUGGAAGGAAAUCUUUGUGGUGCAUAUGUUAAUUAAAGCAAGUCGAUCAGCUGCUUAUGUAAAGAAGCGGCACUUUUGCAACUCGCAUGUUACCGACAGCCGAUGGAGCACCAAUAUGUGAAAUUUGAAAAUGUGACAUUUCUUAAGCAUAGUGGACAAAGGCUUUAAGGCUAUUAAAAUUUUUGCCAUGCCAGCAUCUUCCCAUUAAUUUCAACAUAUCUGAGAGAUGCUCCUAUCCUACACUGUUCCAUACAACAUUUAGCCGAUUAUGUUUUGUAUAUCCGUAAACAAUCGUCAAGCCAUUUUAAAAGUUUAUUUAAAAUGUCUGACGAGCGUGCAAAUGUCAGAGCAGAUUAAGCAAUCCGGGUGCACUGGGGGAUGGACUCACAUCCAAUCUAAAUUGAAUAACCUCACCCGGAAAUUUGAGUAAGAUUUUAUGUUGCAGUGGAAAAUAGAUUAAUUGAAUAUAUUUCUGACAAGAAAAACAAUACAAUUGGACCGAGUAGAGGAGCUCCAUAUACAUGGGUCCAUAAUAAAUUGACCAAAUAUUAGGCUCGUUUAAGAGCUAUGCUGCUGUCACGGUGGAUAACCAUGCAUCGCCUGGAUGUACUCCUCGAUCGUAUCUCGUGAGUGACUACCUCAGAUUCAGCCAAUCUGGGAUCGCGGAUGUAUGUUAGUGUAUCCAAUACCACUCCUUUGCCUGACUAGGACGUGGAAGUCGUGGCGACUCUCCAUGGAACCUGUUCCGCCAUUAAUACCAAUCCCCAUCUCCGGAUAAGCACCACUUCUGUCAUGGGCAGCGGUUCGGAUGAACUUGGCAUCCAGUACCUCUAAGCUCGUGUGGAAUACCAUUUGUCCAGACUUGUACCGGAUCUGUGUGGCCCCACUGAGCGGCUUCUAGCAAUCGAUGAUCGACCGCUCUGGCUGGAUGUACUGGACGGUCGACUCUCAUUGCUGCUACGACGUGAGUCAGGCUUGUGUUCUGUAACGAAUAACGUCAAGGUGCUGUUGGGCGGCUAACCAAAUCGGAGUGCGCACUGGCAUCGGCUGUGGCUCGUCGGCAUGCACCCGCACUGAUUUCACUGAUUCUGCUGGUUAAUUUGCUCCCAAAGUUAUAUAUCUACUUCAUUAAAAUUCACGUACUGAAUGAGGAAGGGGGAGAGGAAUACGGGUUAGGGGGUACAAUAAGACUAGAAAAUGAAAUGACAGGAUGAUGUGCAUAUGCCCACCCUUCCAUGAUCCUGCAAAAAGGCCAAUUAAAAUAUAGAUAUUGGCAGGAUCCCUAUAGGCAGUAUAGUUUUGACUAAGUCACCUCCCUCAGGCGAUGCAUCGCUCCAAAAAAGACAAAUAUUUACUCAGACAUAAUUUAUUCUAGGGUGACAGAUAAACAAAAAUAAUUAUUAUGCAUAACGCUCGAAGCUUCAAAUUAAUAACGAAGGGGCCUGACAUAUGUUUUUCGGCAAGUGGAAGAAGUGCUGUAACAGAUAGUUAUAUUAUACUAAAAUAAUUAAGAAUAUAUAAAUAUAAAUAUAUGAGUAUUCAUAUGGUAUUUUAUAUUAAUUAAUUACAAAAAAAAAGCAUAAUAUAUAAAAGAAAUCGUAAAAGAAUAUGUUUAAGUUAAAUUCGGUAUUCAUAAAGCAAAUGUUCAAAAUCAUCUAGUCGGGGAGCUGCGUAUUUACUCCGAAUGUUACUGGGACAACAAAUGCAAAGUGCUAUAUUACCAUAUCCAGACAAGGAUAUCAACAUCUUAACAGAAUCUCUAAAGACAUGGUCGAACUGCCUGCAGUUCCAGCACACUAGCCGGGAUGAUGUCCUGCCUCGCACGAAGGCCUCCUCCAGUUCUUCAACCUCGUGAACUGUCGGCUUCGUUCCUUGCGAGUAACGCGACGGCUGCACGUACCCAGUCCGGCUUCUGCGACCAAUGUGCCUCUCCACUUCUAUGCACUUUUGGCGCAGCUCAUCUACGUUUGCGGUCUCUUAGCGGCUUCUGGAAUCGCGCGGCGAGCUGACGCAUGUGAAGGAUAUAAUCGUCCAUCCUUCGCUGGUCUGUUGCUCUCGUAGUAGAAGCUCUUGCAUCACAUCAUGCUCCGUCUGAUAGCCCCGGAACCUGUCUAAGAGAGCGUGUCGCAGUUGCAUCCAGCUGUCGACCCGAGAAUGCCGUACGUGCAUCCAAUGCCACAAUAUCAAUGUUCACGGGCAUUGAUAUUGCCUCAGCAGGAACUCCAGCCGAAACACAAACUCCUCGACAGAAUUCAUGGCGUCCUCGCCAUCGAACUUGACGUUCCACCGCUCGAGCUUCAGGUACGCUGCGUCUCGUAAAUUGGCAUACGCUUCCUCCGGCUGAAAGUCAUCCGCUCUCCGGUCCUAUACUCGGAAGUAGCGAUUAUUCUGAUUACGCCAGUUCCUCGUCUGAGCAUCUGCAACGUAUACUGGGCUGCUGGAUGAGUACUCCGCUCCUCGCGCGCAUGGUCUGUGAAGCUUCGGUGGCACUGGUGGUGGAAAUGCCUCGAGCUGAGCCCCUUCUCGCUGUUUCGGGCUGGCGCCUGUUCGUGGUCCCGGCACGACGUGUCUCGGUGGCAUUGGCACAGUGUUAGGCUCUCCGGCGUGGCUCCCUGGCGGCCUAAGCACGUCAAUGAUACCCUUUGUCAUUUCCAUGAAGCCAGUUCGCUUCUCCUGGCGGAUGAACUCGCUGAUGAUAGAUGGCAGAGCAUGCUGAUAUGUCUGGUGGGCCUGAGCUAUCGCCGCGUUCGCUGCCGAUGUGAGCACUGAGUCCUUAGUCGCUUUUGGGAACUCUAGGUUCCGUGGAGGUCUAUCUUGUUGCGCCAAUUCCUUCUCUAGGUCUACCAGAUGACCCUCCGCCGGGAUCUGGUGCUCCUGAAAUCUGCGGAAAUUCAUUGGCGUUCUCACCAGACCUCUUUCCGGACGCGGCGGUGGCAGUGCCGACGCUCCGUCAGCGUCAGAAGCCCAGUCCGACUCCUGUUCUUCAGCCAUACUGAUUCUUGCAGAAAACCGUACCCCUCUCUACUUACUAACCUAACUUACUAACCCUAAUACAAAAAAAAAACAUCACAAAUAAUUCCUAUUAAAUAAAUAAACAUCUACAAACAAAUCUUACUUAUAUUAAAAAAAAUAAAUAAAUAUACAUAGACCACAAAGCUAACUAACACAAAACUAACUAAACUAACACAGAGUGGGGCAAAACAAAUAGUAAACAUUAAACAAAAGCUAACCAAAACAUACCCUAAUAUCAGAUUUUAUCACAAGAUGCCUUUGUCAUCGCGGUUAUCACCACAUGCGAACGUGACUUUCCGCCAUCAACCACGACAAGAGAAACUUCUUAUGCUCAGUGAUAUCCUAGUAAUCUCUGCUUCCGUCGUGCUUCUCGGAUUCCACUACACGCUGCGCGAUUAUGAGCCACCUACUGGUGCCACAUAAGACACCAGCGGCGUGGAUCCUAAAGCCAAGGGAAACUUUUCCUUGUACCUGCAUUGAUAUUUUUAUUUAUUUUUUUGAUAUCUGCCCCCCGACUUCAAAGAAGCCGGGUGCUUCUCCAACUUGGGCGCCAUAUUGUAGCGGAGCUGCUUGUUUAUCGGUGGGCCGCGCUAAAAAUCGGGUCCCGGUUCCGGACCCAGCGUACUCGCCCUACCUGAGACGAUCACCUGAUCUCGUCUCCCUCAUUUUGGCCACUAGAUGGCCUGCAUCAGCCCGUGUCGGCAGCCACUUACAAUCUCAUGCCAGCGGACAUUUCCCUCAACUUCACAGGUAUCUCUGCUGGCUAUCUCCACUCAACUAUUUACGUUCUCAUACACGUGGACAUUUCUUCACCAGCCGGACAACACAAAGAAAGGGCGACACCGAAAGCUAGUGCCAACCGCCGUUGGGAACAACGUGGGAGAACAAAUAUUAUAAAUAUUAAAUUGAGCGAUUGUUGUCACGCUGAAAUAAAAUGUACACUUAGCAUACCUAAAGAGCUCUCUGGGGCGCUAAGAAUGAUGGAAAUAAAUGAUUUUUUGGUAUAUAUAUGUAUGGAUCGUGUGGAUUCGAAAUUACUUCGUUUUUUGUUUUUUUCUUCUUAGAAGGCAGACGCAAAGUGACUUGAUGUCAGCAGCACGCCUUCUCUGGGCUGAGUCUGGGGAGGGGAGUGCUUGGAACUGACUCACUUGGAACUGACUCACUAUCGCCACGGUUCUUGGCCUGUCCAUCUAGGUAGCGUCGUAGACCGUGCCCGAGGGUAUGGAUGAGGUGCGCCGCAGCGUCGAAAACUGGCCGGGGGUGACUUUGUUGGCCUCUCUGGUCCGAGAGCUGGUCCCUUCGUUGCCGGAGCCGUUUUUUUUGUUAAUAGUCUUAUUAUUUUUAUUUGUUCGUCUCGUGUCGCACGUAAGUUUUAAGUUUUUUCUAAUUUUUGUAUAUUGUGACACAAUGUUUAAAUUCAGAUUUUAUUAU